AUGACUAGUUUAAAAGCAAUUAUAAAAAGUGUUGAUAUGCCUGAUGAUAUGCAACAAGAUGCUGUAGAUAUAUGUGCUAUUGCAAUUAAAAAAUAUUCAAUGGAAAAAGAUAUUGCAGCAUUUAUGAAAAAAGAAUUUGAUCGAAAAUAUUUACCUAGUUGGCAUUGUAUAGUUGGAUCACAUUUUGGCACGUAUAUUUCACAUGAAGCAAAACAUUUUAUUUAUUUCUUUUUGGAUAAUCAUGCUGUUGUAUUAUUCAGAACUGGAACAAUAAAUUAAAAGCCAAUAUAUAUGAAUAAAAUACAAUUAUAUAAACUAAUAAUCUUUUAUUGGAUAAUUAUAUGAAUCUAUUGUAUACUAUGGAUAACAGUUUAAAAUUUACUAUUUUUCUGUAUUGUGAUUAAAUCAUUUUAUCUAUUCUUUUAUAAAGAUAAAUCUAACAAACAAUCAACCACUUACUAUAUACAUAUAUACUUUAUUUGUUUUACAUUUUGUCAUCAUACUACUUAUUUACAUACUUAAGUCUGUUACUCCCAAUCGAGCAGAGGUUUCCGACCAGCUUCCGUGAUAUUUUGUUUCAUAUAAUCAAUAUUUUACAAGAAUUUCAUAUUUUCUAUCAAAAUGACUAUUUUUGUUUUUGAAAAAUAAAUUCUUGUUCAGG